AUGGUGCCAACUAUGGGAGAUACCAACAAAUCAUGGCUUGGGCCUAUGAGGUGGAGUCCCCAGCCGCUCGGGUCUUUCGGGGUCGUUAUAUGCACGAUUAUAUGCAGUCUGGUGGUGAGUCUUUGCCUGGUCAUUUGGAGCAAGAAGACGCGGCUUUGGCAGAGCGCUGUAUUCACCAUGACCCUUUUGUUGGCCAUGUUCAUGCAAGAGGUUCUUCUAUCCCUACUGCAGCCGGAUCACGUGGUCCUUUCUGUGGCUGCGAUCCUUUGUCACUGCAAUGUGCAUCCCAUUUUUCUGGUGCUCAUGAUGCUGGGUUUAAUCGCAGACCUGGGGCAAGAGCUGCUGUUUUUCUUGGAUACCAGCGGUGGUGACCAAGCUGAAAGAAGGAGCGGCUACCCUUUGGUCACACUGUUUGGAACAAGAAAGGCCACGAUCUCUAUGGGUUUGGUCAUAUGUGGCUUUACCUGGAACUUCACCACGCGUGUGAAGGCCGUUUCCUCGGGCAUGCUCUUCGGCCCCAACGAUGAGGAGCUGCAAAGCCCCUUGGCCGGUCGAUGGGGAAGAACAAGCUCUUGGCUCAUGGCACUAAACAACUGGGCGCUUUGGACCGCUUGGUUUUUUGAAGACCCGACCACGUGGAGCUUUUUCUUCCGCCGAGAGGCGGCCAUGGUGGCGGCUUCGGUGAUGGCAACGCUUUGGGUGAGGAUGCGGCGCUGCAGCGAAUUUCAAGCUGAUUGCCCACCGUUGGCCUUGAUGAUGCAGAAGUCCGUCUACCUUUGUGAAGAUCAUCAGGACCCGAAGCUACACACUAGCUACAUUCUAUGUGAGUCUGCGAGCUCCUUCGAAUAUUUCUCUGGGUGUUGUGUGACUGGAUCCCUCAUCGCGACCCUGGCGCUGGUGCAAGCUGGUUGCUAUCCAAGUUGUUGUCUCUUCUCCACCGCUGCCCUGUCCAUGGCCACAGUUUGGAUGCUGCGCCAUGCGGAGACGGUGUUCCGCGGCCAAGGAAUCGCGCGCUUUCACUUCGAGCUCAGUCCCCUGCAUAUCUUGCUCAUCAACUGGGCCAUUGUGAUCAGCGCCUCCAUCGACUUCUGGGCGCGUUUACAUGCCGUCCGCCGGGGGAUCGAACAGAGCAGGCAGAACGCUGAACGCUCCGCGACCUUUCUCAGCAUGCUGGACUCUGGUCCGGGCUCCACCACCCUGCGCCCGCCACGUGCGUCGCCCAUGAACGCGGCACGGGGUCGCGAGCCGAACGUGGAACACAUGCGUGGUGCGAGCCUCGAGUUGGCGCAGUGGAAUGAGCCGUUAAAGACGCCCAAAGCCAGGAGGCGGCUCUCCGUUUGCACCCUGCGGCACGGCCAGCGCGCGGAUGACCCGGAAGCCUUCGACGAGUGGGGCUGCUCGGAGGACGCGGAGCGGUUUCCUCACGAUCCGCCCUUGACGCCGAAUGGCUUUCAACAGGCUGAGCUUGCGGCCAAAGAGUUGCUGAAGGAAGGCUUAGCCUUUGACGUGGUGAUUACCUCACCCUACCUGCGCUGCAUUCAAACCGCCUUAGUCGUUUGUGAGACCUUCAAGUCCGACCUACUCCUGGACUAUGCGCUGAGCGAGGUCUAUGGGGCGCCGGUCUUCGAGCACCCGCCCAAACAGGAGAGGCCAUGGGAAAGCCUGAUGAGUUGCCUCCAGGCGUCCGACGCGUCCGCAUCCGGUGGUCUCGACCUUUCCCGCAUCAAAGCUGCACGGCUCAUGGGCCAGCGGCCUCAGUGGCCGGAGACCAUGCCCAAGGCACGCAUGAGAUACGCCAAGCGCUUCCUGGAUUACUUGCGUCGUGCGCGGCACACGAACCGGAGCUGCUUGUUGGUGUCGCAUGGCCACAUGGUCCAGGUGUGUGCGUCCCUCUUCCCCGCCAACCAGCAUCGGCAGAUCUCCAAGGUGGACUACUGUGGCGCUGUGGCGGCCACUUGGCACCGCCAGGCCUCCCGCGGGUCCGACGUGUCCACGCGACGCCACCGAGCCGGGCGCUCGGCCACGGUGGAUCUGGCGGACUUGGCGCGGAACGACGAGACCGGGGGGCGACUUCAGCAGAACACCAAGUUGAAGUAUUGGAAGGUCUGGAUGCGUGGUUUGUACAGCACCGCAGUGCAUGGUCACGAAGGUGCUGCGCCUUCGAAGGUGCUGCAGGAACUUCAUGAUCUGGAGCACAGCGAGCCCACUGACGUGGAUCGUUUGCUGGGCCUUCGGCCACCAGAGCUCAGCGAGUUUGAGGAUUCGAAUGCCGCCGCGUCCUCCUUUGCAAGGACAAGUGAGAGCAACUUGAGCUUCAGCACCAACACCAAGACGGCUUCCUCCAUGGCCAACUUCCGCAACCCCGCCCGGAACGCGGGUGCGCCGCCAUCCUUUGCGCUGGACCACCACCAAUCCCGCGCGAGCGACGAUGACACGAAGCCGGCGCCCGACACGAAGCAACAGAGGGGCGUGGUCGGCGCCCUCGCUGGCAUGGCGUCCUCGCCCUUGGCGCAGCGCCGGGCGGCCUCGUCGUUGAGCUUCAUGUUGGACCCACCCAAGCCGUUGGCCGCCAGCUUAGCAGAGAGGAGACGUUCGAGGAAAGAUCUCAAGAUCGAUGAGGGCUCAGACUUCGAAGAGAGGGCGAGCAAAAUCCGAGGGCACAAGGGUUUGCAGGGGAUUGCGUUUGUUGCGUGUAGCGCACCCCAUGCAACUUUGACCAAGUGCAUUUCUGGUGCAGCUCCCUCAAUUCAUCUCAACUCCAAGGACUUCCAUAGCGACAGCGUGCUACAUGGGCUCAGCAUUGUCUCGAUCCAUCGCAAGCGAAUUAGAAAGGCUUUGGUGCCCUCAAGUGCUGACGACUGGCUUUGGUUGUAG